CAAUUCGUGGAUUAGGUUUUAACUUUUAUACAUCUCGUCGCGCAAACAACGAAUCGAGAUAAACAAAAAUGGCGAUGAGGAGAGUAUACAGCGAGAUCAAGGGGAAGAAGGUGAAGGAGCUUCCCGCCUAUUUCAAAUCGUCGUUUUCGACGCAGUCCGUGAAGACGUAUGUGAAGAAAGGUCUCGAUAACUACAACGACAAGUACAUCCAGACCAGCUCCGUCCAGCCUCUCCUCCAUAUCUGCUUCGGAGGCAUGGCCUUCUCUUACCUCGUCGCUCUCCCUAACGAGCGUCGCCACCUCGAGCACCAGCAGCAUGCCAAGGAGCACGGUGGCCAUUGAUCUCCAGAAGUUGGUUUAUGCGAUGGUGACGAAUGAAGAUUGCAUGUCUUGUUAUUUCUUAUUUUCCUGAAUCUCCUGGAUUGAUAUUAUUGUUGAUCUAAAGGAAAACCUUUUUUUUUUCAAAACUGAAGGUUGAUGUUGAUGAAUAAUUGAAACUGUUGUUUUCUUUUGAUCGUAAUAAGCUGUGGAUUCAGCAUUUCGUUUUGUCUUAUUUAAGUGUUUCAGUUUGAUCUAUUUGAUACUUGGAUCAAAGUAGAACAUAAUGUAUAAUCGAUUAUAUCACUA